CAUCAUCAUCAUCUCAAUCGUCGUAGUGGCCGUCGUAGUGGCCGUAGCUGUCUUCGUCAUCUCGGCCCAUUCUGCAUCUGCAGCAGCGUUAUAUUUCGUCGUUCAGUGUUAUACCUGCAGUUAUUCCGUGGCGUGCAAACUCGCAUAGGGCUCUGAUGCGAUUCGAAUUCGAUUCGAUUUCAUAUUCCAUUCCAGCGACGACGAGACGUGAAGAAAUCACUAUAAAACAGUGGUCACUCGUAUUCGCGACGCUGACGACGGCGCACGCACCUACAAGACUCUCGAUUUCGCCGCCGCCGAGGUCGCCUCUGCCGCGCGGGCCCAACGAUUCUUCGACCGACGUCACCACAACAGUACGGACUUCGCGAUUAAUGUGCUCUGCAGCAUCAUGACAAUGAAAUUGUAUCAUUUGUGUGUCAUACUAUGUCUAUCGAGUACGAUCGUUUGGCAGCCAGUCCUAUCCGCUGGAAUAAAAAAGUGCACUUACUGCUCUGAAGCCGAAGCUUCCAAAUAUUUGGAAAAAGCAAAUUACGAACUGACCCAGUGGACAAACCGAGUCAUACACGCCAAUUGGAAUUGGUUAACAAACUUAACUAACGAGAAUGCUGAAAAAAAGCUUGCCAUCAACUUAGAGUUUAGCAAGUUCUUAAAGCGUAUGUGGGAAGAAACUGUUAAAUAUCCAUGGUCAACAUACAAAAAUCCGGAUAUCAAAAGACAGUUCAAAUUAAUGUCAGUCUUAGGAACAGAUGCUUUACCAGAAGAAAAAUUGAAAAAAUUAGAUGAAAUCGUUUCGAAAAUGGAAAGUUUGUACGGCAGAGCAACCAUUCCUGAGUACGGCGACAACAAUUCAAAUCGAACUUUGAGUUUGGAACCAGAUAUAAAUGACAUAUUGGAUAAAAGUACUGAUGUAAACGAACUGAAACACGUGUGGGUGCAAUGGAGAGAGGCUACGGGAAAAAAAGUUCGAUCCAUGUAUCCGGAAUACGUAAGACUGUCCAACGAAGCGGCCAGAUUAAACAAUUACACGGAUACUGCAGAAUUUUGGAUUCGAGGAUACGACGUCGACGACUUUCGGCCACGAAUGGAACGUUUAUGGAACCAGAUCAAACCUUUGUACUUGCAGAUACACGCCUACGUGCGCAGAAAGCUGAGGGAAUUAUACGGUGACUCGGUGAUCACGAAAAGAGGACCUAUACCAGCACAUUUGCUCGGUGAUAUGUGGGCGCAGUCGUGGGAACGUUUGGAUGAAUUUACUCGACCCUAUCCAACCAUCGACGACGUAAACCCCACAUCCGCCAUGAUCAAUCAGAACUACACUCCGAAAAAAAUGUUUAAAGUGGCAGAAGAAUUUUUCACAUCGUUAAACCUGAGCGCAAUGCCCCAAACUUUCUGGGAAAAAUCUAUUUUGGAGAAGCCAAAUGGUCGCGAUCUGGUAUGCCAUGCAUCAGCAUGGGACUUUUACGAUUCUAAUGACUUUAGAAUCAAACAAUGCACAUCGGUAAAUUUUAUGGAUUUCAUAACUGCCCACCACGAGAUGGGACACAUCCAAUAUUUCCUACAAUACAAAGACCAGCCAUUCAUAUACCGCGAAGGAGCUAACGAAGGUUUCCAUGAAGCGAUCGGAGAUACAAUUGCUUUGUCUGUGUCCACGCCAAAGCAUUUGCAUAAGAUUGGUCUGUUGCCUAAGACAAGCCGUACUUACGAAGCUGAUAUAAAUUAUCUGUACAAGAUUGGAUUAGAAAAAAUAGUGUUUUUACCUUUCGGAUAUUUAAUGGAUUUAUGGAGGUGGAACGUGUUCAAAGGUAUCACAACGGAAGAUCAAUACAACUGCGACUGGUGGAAACUUAAAUAUUCUUAUCAAGGAAUCGAGCCACCGGUGACCAGAACUGAAAAUGAUUUUGACCCGGGAUCCAAGUACCACAUCGUUGGAAACGUGCCUUACAUUAGAUACUUUGUGAGUUUCAUCGUACAAUUUCAAUUCCAUCAAGCAUUGUGCGAGAAAGCUGGCCAGUUUGAUCCGAAAAAUCCAGCAAGCAAACCGUUACACGAAUGUGACAUAUAUCAAAGUACAAAUGCCGGAAACGCUUUCAAAGACAUGCUGAAAUUAGGAUCGUCGAAACCGUGGUUUGACGCCAUGGAACUACUAACGGGGCAAAGAGAUAUGGACGCUGGACCUUUGUUAAACUAUUUCAGUCCUCUAUACGAAUGGCUUCAAAAUGAAAAUAAAAGAACUGGAGAACGUCUUGGCUGGGAAACAGAUAAAAAGAUUUGCUUGAAGAAGGGUGAAACAAGCCAACCUUAAUUUUGAUUUAUUAUGAUACUACUCUUUUUAUUAGUGAUUGACAGUAUUAUAAUCAUAUAACUAUUAUAGUAAUUAUUCGUUUAUGAGCUAUUCGAUACGCUAGUUUGGUACACUAGGUUUUAAUGUUUCAGUGCAUUUUUAAUGUGUACAUUACUAUUUCAUUAAUUUAUUAAUAUAUUAAGUUAUUAAUUUUAUUUUAUUCUAUUCGACAUAAAUGCUGUAUUGUUAU